UACGCGUUUUGUGGUGUAAACGGUGUCUUCCUGGUAGACGCGCGUAGUCAGCCAAAGCUGGAUACGGUCUUGCGAGGGAAGGAGAGAUUUGUGGCAUCUGUGACUGCAGUUGUGUCUUUGCACAGUCUGGCCAACUUUUUCAGUCAGAGCAUGUGUCUGAGGCCCCUCUGCACCGGCUCUUUCCCCCUCUCUGCACCCUGGUGAGGGGGAUGCGGCUGUCGGCGCGGCGGGCAGUGUGGGGGCUGCUGUGCCUGGCGGGCGCCUGCGUCCUGGUCCGGCUCUGCCAGCGGGCGCUAGACUGCCCGGGCGGGGGCCCCAGGGGGCAGGGGGUGUCGGUGCUGGUGCGGGACUGGCGCAGGGUGGAGUACCGCUACGGCCGGGACGCCCCGCUGGUGUUCGUGGGCGGCGUGCCCCGCUCCGGGACCACCCUGAUGAGGGCCAUGCUGGACGCCCACCCGGACAUCCGCUGCGGGGAGGAGACGCGGGUCAUCCCCCGGCUGCUGGCCCUGCGGCAGGCCUGGAGCCGAUCCGGACAGGAGAGGCAGCGGCUGGAGGAGGCGGGGGUCAGCCAGGAGGUCCUGGACUCGGCCGUCACCGCCUUCCUGCUGGAGAUCAUCGCCCGCCAUGGGGAGCCAGCCCCUCUGCUGUGCAACAAGGACCCCUUCACGCUCAAGAGCGCCCUCUACCUCUCUGAAAUCUUCCCCAACUCAAAGUUCUUGCUGAUGUUGCGUGACGGCCGGGCAGCAGUGCACUCCAUGAUCUCUCGGCGCGUCACCAUAGCGGGCUUCGACCUGUCCAGCUACCGGGACUGCCUGACCAAGUGGAGCCGGGCGGUGGAGUCCAUGCUGGCACAGUGCGUGCAGGUGGGGUCGAAACGCUGCCUGACCGUGCGCUACGAGAGCCUGGUGCUGCAGCCCCGCGCUACCAUGGAGGGCGUGCUGCGCUUCCUGGAAGUACCCUGGCAUGAGGGGGUGCUCCACCACGAGGAUGCCAUUGGACAGCUGGGAGGCGUGUCCUUGUCCAAGAUUGAGCGCUCCACAGAUCAGGUCAUCAAGCCAGUGAACUUGGAAGCCCUGACCCGCUGGGUGGGUCACAUUCCGGAUGAUGUUCUGGCAGACAUGGCCAAGAUCGCCCCCAUGUUGAGUAGGCUGGGCUACGACCCCAACGCCAACCCACCCCAGUACGGCCAACCUGAUCCUGCUGUUGUGAACAACACAGAGAGGGUUCUGAGGGGAGAGUUUAAAACUCCGGCCAAUCUGAAGGGGCAGCCACCAGCAUUCCUAAAUGGCUCUGGCACAGAUAGGUGAAACAGGUCAACGCCUCAGAACAUGAUCCACAUCACAAAGUUGGACUGCUCCACAUCAGAGAGGGGUAUGCCAAGCACAGUCCAGCACCUUGCAGCCUGUUCACAGCCACCUGUGUGCAAGAGCACCCACCCCAUCAUGUGAAAGAAUGGAACAUUCCAGACUGUUAUAUUGUUUUAUAUGUGGAUUUCUACUGUAUAGGUGCUCCCUUCCCCAUGAAACCUCUUACCACAUCUCUUGUCUUAUCCACUUGCACUUUGCUUACUGGUGUCUUUUUGCCUUUUCUCUUUGUGAUUAGCCUUGGCAAAGAGAGAUAAAUACCCUAGGGCAUAUGCACACCACAGCAGAGUUUUGGAUUUCAUCUUGUGUAAAUUUAUGCUGAAGUAACGUUUUGUGCACCCAGAUUAGUUGUUCUCCUUUUUCUUUCCUGCCAAUCUCACUGGCUAUGCCCAUUAGAGGCACUUGCAUCAACUCUGGGAAGUCCCUGUUAUAUAUAUUUAAAAAAAGUACAGCAAGUGCAGUGGAAGCAGGUGUAGCUUACAUUUGCUGCUGAGAGGAUUGACUUUACAACUCUACACACUGAUGGAAGCUGGCGAUUUUACAUACGGAAGGAAUGCACAUUUGCGUGUUUUGCUGUGUGGUUAAUGUAAUGAAAACAUAAGUACCAAUGUGCAGCUCCCUUUUUCUCCUCUGUUCUCAUGGGGAAACAAUACUGGAACAAGGUCUCUCAGUGUAGAUGCUCAGUCCAUCUAUUCAUUUGUGGCCAUGUGGCCACAGUCUGGCACCAGCCGUAGUGUAGUCUUUCAUUCACUGUAGCCCAAAAAAAAUGAAUAAGCCAAUGGAACAUUUGUAAUAGGAACAUGUUUUGUGGCAGAUAGCCCAAACAUGCCACAAAAAAAGUGGUCAGAAAUGUUGAGGAAUGGCUAUGGGCAGGGGAAUGAUCAUCUCCCAGUUAUGGGCAUGCAUUAUAAUGCAUGGUCAUUGUGUCCAUAUGGCUAUAUUUAGAGGAGAAUAUUGAGAGGAAGAUUUACAAUUGAAGACACAUUGGCAUGCAUAUAACUGAAGAUGUAAGUUGAUUACUCCCACUUUCAGUAUAAGGGUUUAUUGUUACAUAAUUAGUUUCAGACUAAAUUUACGGAAGACAUCACACGAAUAGUCCUUUAGGAUAAGUGUACCUGAAUGUGAUUAGAACAGAGUGACUAUUUACAGGACAGUAGUUGUAUCCAUUACAUGUUCCAGAAAAUCAUCACCAUCUUGAUCACUUAUGGACCACACUGCAAGGAAGCAUUGACUAAUGCUUGUAUGUCAUUACUGUGAAUCAUUGCAGCCAAGAAUGCUUUUUGGUUGGAAGACUCUUGACUUGUUGGUCAAGCACCUCUUGAAGCUAACUUAAAUGGUGCUUCAACACACUUUCUUUUAAAGACAAUCGUAGUGAAAUCGGUGCCCGCCUUGAAAGGCAGCUAGUUUGGAUUUUAGUGGAUAUCUUUGAAGUGUUUCUUCCCCUGAAUAUUCUCCCAAAAGUACAGUGUGGUGUCAAGUCAUCAAAGUGGCUUCAUUGCAUCAGUCAACAUCGUAUGUUGUGCAGGUAGAUUUUUCUAGGACUAAAUUUAUGGACUUGUUUUGGACUUGAAACAGUUUUUCCUUGCUAAUGUUUAUCCUCUCCCCAAAUUGCAAAUUCCAGUUUGGCCAUCCCGUAACCCAACAAAUGGAUGGUGAUUUUUAAUGCACAAGGUGACUGAGUGACGUGUGUGUAUGCUUGUGUAUAUGACAAGGAUGAAGCACUAGUCAGGACUUUAGAAAUUUUCUGUUUACAUGUUCACUUGUG